AUUAACUUUAAAAAAUUUCCUUUAAUUAAAGAAAAAUAUUUUCUACUAAUUUUUAAUUUAAUGAUGAUCGCUGCUAUUCUUUUUACAUUUUUUGUUAUAAAUAAUGUUUUGUUGGAAAACUAUACCGAAGGAAAAAUUACUUUUACUGACAAAACAAAAUUACCAAAAAUAGGAAAGCUUGUUGAAAAUAUUAAACAUGAAAAAGCGACGGAAGUAUUACGCCUUUCUGGAGAGGUAUUUCUAUUUUUCUAA